AUGUCCCUUCUUAUACUCCCUACAACACUCCCGAUCCCCCUCAGGAACCCUCUUCUCCCGACUCCAGCUCUCCCGCGAAACAUACCGAAACGGCUUCCCCGUGUCCAACCUAGGAACCUCAACCUCAACCUCGAUCCCGCUCCUCCGCAGCCGCCGAUGUCCGCGAUCCUCGAUAAGCCCGCUCACCCGCCGCUGCCCCAACGACUCGUACUUCCGCAGCAACCCGACGUACUUCACCCAGCAAUCCGCCAGCACCUCGGAGCUGAACUUGAUAUCGUCUGCUUCGAGCGCCAUCUCCGCGAUGCGUCGAGUCCAGUUACACUCCCGCUGGUGGCCCCGCUGGCGCUCACAGGACCGCCCGUGCGCGGCAUCGUGACGCCGGCGUUCGCGAUCUACUCGCAGCCGCGCUUUUUCGAGUUCAGACUCCGCGUGGAGGAGGAUCCCCCCAAUGUCGACAAGUUCAGAGAUCGCGAAGCGGAGGUCGGCGGAUUCGAGGGCGUGGAAGUCUGGGUUCCGGUCGAAGAUGCGGAUUGUGCGCCAGCGUGGGCGGGGGGAGGUGUAGGGGUAGUGUGGUGA